CUCCACCUUUAAAAAUCCACCCACUCCUUUUCCACAAAACAAAACACCUCUCUCUCUCUCUCAACCAGUUCUCCCAGGAGGCGAAGGAAAGAGACGACCGCAAAAACCAUGGCCUCCGAAACCCAGUCGCCGGAAACGCCACCGAACUUCUGGGGACACAUGCCGGAGGAGGAGUACUAUGUAUCACAAGGGGUUACCAAUACAAAAUCAUACUUUGAGACGCCUAAUGGGAAGCUCUUCACGCAGAGUUUCCUACCGUUGGAUCAGAAAGUCAAAGGCUCGGUAUACAUGACCCACGGCUAUGGAUCUGAUACUGGUUGGUUGUUUCAAAAAAUCUGCAUCAACUAUGCAACCUGGGGUUAUGCAGUCUUUGCCGCUGAUCUUCUCGGGCAUGGCAGAUCUGACGGUCUACGUUGUUAUAUGGGUGACAUGGAGAAAAUCGCAGCCACGUCCUUAUCAUUCUUCAAGCAUAUGCGCUACAGCGAACCAUACAAGGAUUUACCAGCAUUCUUGUUUGGUGAGUCCAUGGGUGGGGCCACAACGAUGCUAAUGUACUUCCAAUCGGAACCCAACACGUGGACGGGUUUAAUUUUCUCGGCCCCACUUUUUGUCAUCCCAGAGCCCAUGAAACCCAGUAAGUUACGCCUCUUCGUGUAUGGGCUGCUCUUUGGAUGGGCUGACACGUGGGCGGCGAUGCCAGACAAUAAAAUGGUGGGGAAAGCAAUUAAGGACCCAGAGAAGCUCAAGAUAAUAGCAUCAAACCCCAGAAGAUACACAGGCAAGCCAAGGGUGGGGACCAUGCGGGAAAUUGCAAGGGUGUGCCAAUAUAUUCAAGAUAAUUUCUCAAGGGUAACGGCGCCGUUUUUGACAGUCCAUGGCACCUCGGAUGGGGUCACGUGCCCUACAUCAUCCCAGUUGUUGUAUGAGAAGGCUUCUAGCGAGGAUAAGAGCUUGAAGUUGUACGAGGGGAUGUACCAUUCUUUGAUACAAGGAGAGCCAGAUGAGAAUGCUAACAUUGUAUUGAAAGAUAUGAGAGAGUGGAUUGAUGAGAGGGUUGAGAGGUAUGGCUCAAAAAAAGCUGAUGAUUAAAUGAAAAUUAAAAAAAUAAUAAUAAAAUUGUGAUUAUUUAAUCACGGAAAGGAAAUUGUUGUAAUUGAAUAAUCAUUAUUUGAAGGUUUUUUUU